AAAUCAAAGGCUGGUAAGAAAUCCGUGAGGCGUGUGUCCUGUGAGAUUCAUCAUAUCUGCUUCAUCUCCGAUUUCGUCGUGGCCCUAAGUUGAUUGUGAAUAACUUGCCUUGUUGGGUAUGGCCACUGAGGCGUUUGUGAAGCCCGUUGUGCCAAAUGGUCAUGAUGGGUAUGACGAUGAAGAUGAAGAUGACAUUCCUCUGGUUUUUAAGAGAACCAGUAAUACAGCAGCUACAACUAACCGUUCAAGGCCUAAUAAUGCUAUGAGAAACUCGGCUAUUGGUUCCACCAAGUCUCCGCCACCAACAAGGUCUCCCUUAACUAGCCCCAAUAGAUCAGCUUCAUCUGUUAGAAGUUCGAUGAUGAAACCAUCGUUACCAUCAUCUUCAUCUGUUCAACGUUCGACUGUGAAGUCACCAUUGCGGGAUGAUAGGUCCGUUGUUGCUAAGGAGAGGAAUGGUUUGGGGAAAGCACCAUCUGUGUCCAAAAGUGAUGAUGAGGAUUCCGAGGAUGAUAAACCUUUGAGUGCCAGACUUAAAAUGGAUUCUAAGGACCUUACCAAACAGCCGGGCUCUUCUGGGCGCGGGAGUAUGCAGAAACCAGGACAAAAGAGCAACAUGAGGCCUCAGGGAUUGGGUGAUAACACUAAGAAGAAAGUUUUGGAUGAGAGAGCUCCCAUGUCCUCCACGGUUCAGGCAAAGACCAGUGUGGGUACAUCAAGUAGCAAGCCUGUUCAUAAUGAACAGAAGAGACCUUUGGUUAACAAUAUCAAUCGGAAUGGUUUAAAACCUAAGACCGAAGGGCACAGUUCUCAGGCACCUGCUAAAAGACCUCUUGAGAAGGGGAGCUCUUCUAAUCAAUCUUCUGUUAAGAGGCCCAAGCUAUCAGAGCCAGCUAAACCAUUGAAAGUGGAGCAAGGUUCACAUAGUGCAGCUACGCCAGAUGGCAAAGAAAAGAAUCUGGAUGCAUCAAAGCCGUUGAGAGCCAACCAAGCAACUGUUAAAGAAGAUAACUCAGAUGAUGAUGAUCAUGUUCCUAUUGCCUCAAGGAUGAAGUCAGAUUCCUCAAAUAAUAAAGCCUCCUCAGCGAAGCCAAAUUCUAGUAAAAUGAUAGCUUCGUCAUCCAGAACAAUAGCUAAAAAGCCCAACAAAUGGGUGAAAGAUUCUAAAUUUUCGAAAUCGUCAAAAUCAUUACCUUCUGGAGAUGGGCAAACGAAAUGGAAAACUCUAGAGCACAAUGGUGUUAUUUUUCCACCUCCAUAUAAGCGUCAUGGGGUUAAAAUAUUGUAUCAGGGAAAGCCUGUUGACUUAACUCCUGAACAAGAAGAGGUUGCAACUAUGUUUGCGGUGAUGAGGGAAACAGAAUAUUACAAUAAACCAAAGUUCAGAGAGAAUUUCUGGAAUGAUUGGCGGAAAUUACUUGGAAAGAACCAUAUGAUUAAAAAUUUAGAUGAUUGUGACUUCACUCCCAUAUAUGAAUGGUCUAUGCAGGAGAAGGAGGCAAAGAAACAAAUGAGUGCAGAAGAGAAAAGAAUUGUGAAAGAGGAGAAAUUACAGCAGGAGGAGAAAUACAUGUGGGCUGUUCUUGAUGGUGUCAGGGAGAGGAUUGGAAAUUUCAGAGUUGAGCCCCCUGGGUUGUUUCGAGGCCGGGGAGAACAUCCUAAGAUGGGGAAACUGAAAAAGCGGAUUCGUCCUUGUGAUAUAACAAUCAACAUUGGUAAAGAGGCGCCAAUUCCAGAAUGCCCCAUCCGUGGUGAAAGAUGGAAAGAAGUUAAGCAUGACAAUACUGUUACCUGGCUUGCUUUUUGGAAUGAUCCUAUCAAUCCAAAAGAGUUCAAGUAUGUAUUCCUGGCAGCUAGUAGUUCGUUGAAGGGACAAAGCGACAAGGAGAAGUAUGAGAAAGCGAGGAAGCUACACAACCAUAUCGGGAGUAUUAGAGCAGCAUACACCAAAGAUUUUAAUAACAAGGAUGUAACAAAGCGGCAAAUAGCAGUUGCGACAUAUCUCAUCGAUAAGCUAGCCCUUAGGGCUGGAAACGAGAAGGACGACGAUGAGGCAGAUACUGUUGGUUGUUGUACAUUGAAAGUAGGAAACGUGGAGUGUAUUCCUCCAAAUAAGUUAAAGUUUGACUUCCUUGGUAAAGACUCUAUUCAGUAUGUAAACACAGUUGAGGUUGAGCCUCUGGUAUAUAAGGCAAUUGGGCAGUUCCAAGCGGGAAAAUCGAAAGCCGAUGAUCUCUUUGAUGAGCUAGAUACUUCAAAACUCAAUGCUCAUCUUAAGGAGCUUAUGGCUGGUCUCACAGCCAAAGUCUUUCGUACAUAUAAUGCAUCCAUCACAUUGGAUUUAAUGUUGAGUAAAGAAACCAGAGAUGGCGACGUUCCUGAAAAAGUUGUGGUUUAUCAGCAAGCAAACAAGGAGGUCGCUAUCAUUUGUAACCAUCAACGUACUGUCUCAAAAUCUCACGGAGCACAAGUCGAGAAGCUGGCUGUGAAAAUAGAAGAACUAAGGGAGCAAAUAAAAGAGCUGAAUAUUGAUCUCGACAGGGCUAAGAAAGGAAGAACACCACUAAUGGGAUCUGAUGGAAAGAGAAAGAGGAAUUUAACACCUGAAGCAUUGGAGAAGAAGAUAAUGCAAACGAAUGGUAAGAUCGAGAAGAUGGAGAGAGAUAUGCAAACAAAGGAAGAUAUGAAAACCGUGGCAUUGGGCACAUCUAAGAUCAAUUACAUGGAUCCAAGGAUCACUGUUGCGUGGUGCAAACGACACGAUGUCCCCAUUGAGAAGAUAUUUAACAAGUCUCUUCUGGCCAAGUUCGCUUGGGCAAUGGACGUUGAUCCUGAGUUCAGAUUCUGUUUAAGCAGCGAUGAAUAAAUGCAUCUUCGUUGAGGCCAGUUUCACCUAACCCAUUCACCAUACAUUUACAGAGAUAGAGAAAGAGAGUUAAAAAGAGUAGAAGAAAGAAAACAAAUUUGUAAAAGAUAUUUCUUCUCUCUUAAUAGUAGAACCAGAAGACUAAUAUGUGAGAUGUUUUAUAGAAGAACAGUUAUAAAUUUUUUUACUCAAUAAAUAAUUCAGGUUAAUAUUAUUAUAAA